AAAAAAGGAAAUCUCAUUAAUUAAUAGUAAAUCCAAAACUCAACCUAAAACAUAAUUGCAAUCUCCGAAGAGGGAAACAACAGGAGGCAGAAAGAAUGGGAAUAUGCUGCUCAUGUGGUCUGUCAACUUCAUCAUCAGCUGGCAACACAGCGAAACUGAUCCUCGAAGAUGAUCGGCUCGAGGAAUUCUCAUACCCUGUUAAGGUUUCGAGGAUAUUAGAGAAGAACUCAAAUUCUUUUAUCUGCAACUCAAACGAUAUUGAUUUGGGCAAUAUCCUCUGCGCCGUUGAUGAUGAUGAGGAGCUUCAACCAGGUGAACUCUACUUUGCUUUGCCUUUGAGUUUGUUGAAUUCUCCGCUCACGGCAGAGGAUAUGGGUGCCUUGGCGGUUAGGGCAAGUUUGGCUCUUAAUGGUUCUCAUGGUGGUGGAGGGCAGUGCUUUGGUUGUGGUUGUGGUUGUGGGAUGAUGAGAAAGAUGGAUUCUAUUGUGUUUAACAGCAGGAGGGUUGGGGUAGAUGGUGGUGGCGACGAGAGUGGUGGUGGUGACGGUCGUGUCGUCGUUGACGGCGGGAGUGAAUUAGAAUCCUUGGUGAAGAAAAAAGGGAAGCGUGGUGGUAGGGGAAGGAGUUUUAGGUCAAAGUUGAGCGUAAUUUUAGAAGAGUAGGUAAGAAAGAUGUUUUAUAAUUUGAUAUAACUAAUAAUACGUUUAGUUUGAAAGAAAUCUCAAAAAAAGAAAGGGAAGGAAAACAAUUUUACCCAUCCUCUCGCCAAAGGCAUUGUAAUAUAAGUUAAUUCCUCUU